CCAACUACCGUCACCCAUUUCCGGUCGGAAAUCCGGCAAAGCUUGGGGGUUUUCUCCUUCUUUUCUUGUUCUUGAACCUAGAAAUAUCCCCCUCCCUUCUGCAGAUUUUCGGAUCUGCUCUGUCCUUCUGCGAGUAGCUUCUGCCGGUGGAGUGCUUCCCGGUUUUCUGGUAAGGGAAUGACUAAGAAUCAUCCCUUUAGCCUUAAUUCAAGUUGGGUUACUCUAAUUGUGUUGUGGGUUCUUGAAUUUUGAGGUUUGUCGUGAGUUCCUCCAUUCCUCUCCCCAUCGGCUUCCUUUCCAGCCGGACCCGGUGCUGCUCGCCAGAGUUUCCUGAAUUAUGGGAUGAUUUUGGGGAGAAAAUCCCGUGAAUUAGCUAGUGUUUGGCCAAUUUUGGAAGUGCAGUCACUGUUCACGCACUGUUCACGAGGUACUGUUCACGAGGUACUGUUCACACACCGAGGGUCAACAAUUAACGGGGAUUUAAAUGAUUAGUUUGUGAUAUAAGAAUGGAUUUGGAGAUGUUCGGUUAUGUGGAGAUUGAUAGAAAUGGCACUGUGAUUAGGGGUAGUGCUAAAGAUGAUU